AUGUCAUCUGCCUCAGAUAACUACACCGUAUUCAAACAGGACGGUAGCCAGCAAUUUUAUUGUCGAUGGACUCCAGAAGAAGAUCUACUGCUAUCGAAAGCAGUAGCACAUCAUGGGCCUCACAAAUGGACAUUGGUAUCAAAACUGAUUCCAGGGCGAACAGCUGUUCAAUGCUCUACCCGAUGGUUUGGCGCCUUAAACCCCAAUGUCCAUAAGGGCAAAUGGUCUAAACAUGAAGAUCAUGCACUUACCGAAGCCGUACAUUAUUAUCAAACAAUUACAUCCAGCAUGACAUUGCCAUGGAACAGAAUAGCAGAAAACAUUCCGCAUAGAACUGGCAUUCAGUGCCAGGCACGAUGGACAGAGGCUCUAGAUCCUGCUGUCCGCAAAGGAAGAUGGCAUCCCGAAGAAGACAAGCAACUGGAGAUUGCUAUCGCAAAAUAUGGUUGCUGCUGGAUUCGAGUUGCUAGCAUGAUCCCCACUCGCACUCAAAGACAAUGCCGCACUCGAUGGAAUCAAAUACACUCGCAGCAUUUGAAGGCAUCUUCUCUCUCUCGAAACAACAAAAUGAAACUCACAUCAUCCACAGCAGUUACAACAAAGGCAGCCGCAACUGUGCCAUUCAACUUUGAAUUUGUUCCAUCCAUCAUUACAGAACAGCAACAGCGACAACAGCAGUAUCCGCUUGCCAACAAUGAUCCAUUUAUUGUCAUAUCGACGUCGCCCACCAUCGAUGACAUUAUAGCAAAUAGUAAUACAUACAAUUUUUCAUCAGACGCCUCAACUAGUAGUCGCUCCUCCUCGAAUUCCUCUAUGCCUGAUGCGUCACCUACAUCUGUUAUAUUUCCCACUUUACCUUCCACAUCCAACACAAGCCUAUUACAACAUGAAGCCCAAUUGUUUCCUGCUAUGAAAUCUUCCACUCUGGGAGACAGCAGUAGUACUGAUAAUAAUAAUAAUAAUAACAACAACGCAUCAACCACCUUUCUGGACAAUUGCGAUUUCGAAUUCUUACUCGACUGCUAUACAACACAGUGA